AUGGCGUCAACCGAGAAGACCUUCCGGGCGGAAGCCAUAUACCCAAUCGGCGACCCACCCUUUACCCAGUUUGCUAGCCGAAGAAGUGUUGUGCACAGUACUAAAGGCAUGGUGGCAUGUACGCAACCAUUGGCCUCAGAAGCCGGUCAGAGAAUCUUGAAGAUGGGUGGAAAUGCAGCGGACGCUGCUGUGGCUACCGCUGCUGCCCUGAACGUCACCGAACCAUCUUCAACAGGCAUCGGAGGAGACAUGUUCUGUCUGUUUUUCGAUGCGAAGACCAAAAAGGUUCAUGCCCUCAAUGGCUCCGGUCGAAGUGCAAAGAACACAACUCUGGAACAAGUCAGGAAAGAACUUGAUCUGCCAUCUAGCACACGUGCCAAAAUACCAACCAAGAGUGCGCUCGCUGUGACUGUUCCAGGUGCUCCGGCUGGUUGGGUUGACACCGUGGAGAAAUUCGGCAGUGGAAAGUUGACACUUGAGCAAAUCCUGACACCCGCGAUCGAGCUGGCUGAGGAGGGAUUCCCAGUCUCGGAGUUGUCUGCAUCGUUUUGGAAAGCGGGCGAAGAUAGUCUCAGAAACGCAUCCCCAAACUUCCGAGAACUCCUCAAGAAAGACAAGAGUGCAGAGCACUUUGUCCGAGCUCCCAGAGCAGGCGAGAUUAUGCGAAAUCCGACUCUUGGGAAAACUUUCCGCGCCUUGGCCGCAGAAGGAAAAAAGGGAUUUUACACCGGCCGGAUUGCCCAGUCCAUUGUUGACGUUCUCAAACCUCUUGGCGGUCAUAUCGAACUCGAAGACUUGGAAGAGCACAUGAAACGUGGCGCAGAAGAGACCACCCCCAUAUCUUUGAAAUUCCGAGGUCAGAACAUCAAAAACACUGCUGCGCAAAGAGUGACGAACGGAACCUCUGAUGGCCACUUUGUGGAGCUGUGGGAGCAUCCACCCAAUGGACAAGGUAUUGUGGCGCUCAUGGCGCUAGGUAUUUUGGAGGAGCUCGAGUUGAGCAAGAAAAUCCAGACUUUUGCCUUGGAAGAUCACAAUAGUGCACCGUACCUGCAUGCAAUCAUCGAGGCCUUGCAGAUCGCGUUCGCAGAUGCCAGUUGGUGGGUCACAGAUCCUGAACAUAGUCCUGUCAAACCGGCAGAGCUACUGUCACGUUCAUAUCUUGCUGAACGCGCCAAGCUCUUUGAGAAGGAUAAGGCUGGGCAACAUCUGAAAGGACAACCACCCAGCCCGGCACAAAAUCAUUGCGACACCGUCUACUUUGCCGUGGCAGACAAGGAAGGGAAUGGAAUGAGUUUCAUCAAUUCCGUGUAUGACGGGUUCGGUUCCAACAUCAUUCCUCAGGGAUGUGGCUUCACGCUGCAGAAUCGAGGAUCCAACUUCGACUUGGGUCCCGACAAUCACCCGAAUAUCUACAAAGGUGGAAAGAAACCAUACCACACUAUCAUUCCUGGACUACUGACGAACGGCGAGGAAGGCGAAAGACAGCUUCAUUCGGUGUUUGGCGUCAUGGGAGGCUUCAUGCAACCCCAGGGCCACGUACAAGUGCUCUUGAACAUGGAGGUGUUCGGCAUGAACCCGCAACAGGCUCUAGAUGCGCCAAGAAUCUGCAUUGGUGCUGGUUUGCCGUCGAAUGACAGCGAGGAUGUCAGUAUGGGGACGGUCUAUAUCGAGGAGGGAAUCAGCGAUGAGGUGGUGAGGGCUCUGCGGCAGUUUGGGCAUGAUGUUGAGGUGCUCGGCGGUUGGGGCAGAGGAAGGUUCGGACGAGGACAGAUUAUCAGAAGACACGUCGACGAGGAAACCCGCAUUCCAGUGUACAGUGGUGGCAGUGAUUUGAGAGGCGAUGGAUGUGCUUUGCCUGGGUAA